GCCCCCGCGCAGGCGCGCCCUGUCCCGGCAGCAGCAUCGCCCGUCGCCGGGCGGUUGUGGCGGAGGGGGUGAUGCUGCUGGUGCUGUCGGCGGAGCAGAAGGCGCACCUGGGCUGCCUGCCGCAGGGCACCGCAGCCGUGGCCGAGCUGGGCCGGCUGGCGGUGGAGCUGCUGCGGCGGGGCGCGGCGCCGCGGGCCUGCGAGGCGGCCGCCAGGAAACUCAACAUCGAUGUCGAUGCCGUCCAGCGCGCGGUGGAAGGUCUCACCUAUCUGCUCACGGAGAGCUCCAAGCUGAUGAUUUCUGAGAUAGACUUCCAAGACUCCAUCCACGUUUUGGGAUUCUCAGAUGAAUUGAACAAGCUCUUGCUCCAGCUCUACCUUGAUAACAGGAAAGAGAUCAGAAGCAUCCUUAACGAGCUGGCACCGAAGCUUCCCAGCUAUCACAGUCUGGAAUGGAGAUUGGAUGUUCAGCUCGCAAGCAGAAGUUUGAGACAGCAGAUUAAGCCCGUGGUGACUAUAAAGCUGCACCUUAAUCAGAACGAGGAUCAAACUGCCCAAGUGUUGCAAACCGACCCUUCCACCCUGCUCCACCUAAUUCAGCAACUGGAACAAGCGCUGGGGGAAAUGAAAACAAACCACUGCAGGAGAAUAGUGCGCAACAUGAAAUAAUGUUGAUUUGUGGCCGCUGUCUUACUAAGCAAUGCGUGAAACAACCGAAAACAAUGUUGAGAAUACAUUUGAGGACAAAUAAACAUCUGGAUCAGAUGAAAUGCUUUCCUGUGCCAGGAUCUCAAGCCAGUCAUUAUAGGCUGAAUGUCUGUAGGUGCUAACGUUAGACGUGCCCCAUACAGGAGCCGCAGUUGUGUUUGCUUCACUUGCAAAUGUAGAAAUCCAGCAUGCUAGGCUGCGAAUUUCCCUAGCUCUAAAUCAGAGUAGUUGUACUUCUAAAGCUUUCCUACGUGAAACAGAGCUGGGUCAGUGUUAUAGAAAGCUGCACGUUUACUUUUACAUUUAUCAAGUAGGUUUUUUCCCCUCGUUUUAACUUCUGUUUUGAAAAGACUAAAACCAUAAUGCAUUCACAGGAGUGUUCCUUCCUUCUUGACGUGCAGGAGUACUCCUGGGACUGCUGCCCUCCUCUGCCACAGUUCGGUCAGCUCAAAAGCUGGGUCUUCAGCUACUUUCCUACCCCUUUUAGGUAAUGAAAGAAAGUGUAAGGAACCAUGUAAAGCCAGUUCUAACCCCUCCUGCCAGCUGCCUCCUCUCUGUAGUGCCCGGUACCAGAGAACACCCGGUGGUUCAGACCUACGUUAGCAUUGUGAUCUCCUGUAUGUCGGGGUGAUUUGAGACAUCACAACAGAGAAACCAGGGCAAGGAGGCAGGUGAGGAAUAGUGUUAACUUCUGCAGAACCACGUGUCGUCUUGUGAUGCCAAAUUUUUUGUUCCCCUAUUUGAACAGUGCUCGCAAAGGAAAGACCAUACGGGUAUUGCGACAUAAGUGAGGUUUUUUUCCGUUUGUAAGAAAACUGGCUAACAAAGGUUAUGUCAAAAGACACUUUCAGUUGUGUCCUAACGCAAUAUUUUGUGGCUUUUGUGAUAUGGGUAAAUAGUUUCACUAAUUAAUGUUUUGCUGUCACUAGUGAGGGUGCAUCAUAAAGCCCUUAAAGGACAAAUAAGCAAGAGAGAACCUUAACAUACAGGUUCUGGCAAUAACUGCAUUUACUAUCUUUCCCAAUAAGUGUCUCUAUUAACUGGGUUCUGACAUCCACAAAUGCAUUGUUUUCUUAUUGGUUUGGAUUUGUGUACCUUGGAGAGGCACUGUUUCAGAUGAAACC